AGCAAAUUAUUCAAAUGGACGCUCUUGUUGGAUUUAGAUUCCAUCCGACUGAUGAAGAAAUCAUCCGUUUUCUGGAAAAGAAGAGGCUUGACCCUGAUUUCUCUGUCCAUGCUAUUACUGAGACUAAUAUCUACGAUUUCGAACCUGGUGAAUUGUUCGGGCUUUCACAAAUUCAGUCCGAUGGAAAAUGGUGUAGCUUUUUCUGCGCACCUGAUUAUGUAAAUGCUGAGAGGGAUCGAGUUCACAGAGCAACAAAGACAGGGUACUGGAAAAUAACCGGUAAGGGUAGUGAAAUCAAUGCCAAAGGUGGCACUGAUGCUAUUGGCAGAAAAAAGAUCUUAGUUUUCUAUGAACGUGGUCAGGGUCCCAAAGGUACUAAAACCGACUGGGUCAUGCAUCAAUUCUCUGCCAAAGACAAUCCUCUUUAUAAGAAGGAUUUUGUUGUGUGUCGCGUAAAAAGAAAUGGAGAUAAGAAGCGUCGUAAUUCAACCUAUGUUAAAGGUCGACAACAUAAAAAGCUUCGUACUUCAACAGAGGUUGAACGUCAACAACAUCAAAAUCUCCCUAUUUCAAUCCGCAAUGAGGGUCAAGUGAAUCACCAUCUGGCUUUUAGUAAUCACAGUCAUGCUACCAAAGAUAUUUUUCCAGAAUCACACUUUUUACCAAGUAAUUAUCCGGUUUGGGGUUCCAGAAAUCAUGUUGCAGAAAACGCUUUUCUGGAAUCACAAUUACCACCAAAUAGCAAUCUGAUUUCUAAGUUUAGAAAUCUUGUUGAAGAAACUAGUUUGAUUUCUGAAUCUAGAAAUUUUGGUGAAGAUACUUCGAUUUCUGAUUCUAGAAUUCGUGUCGAAGAAUAUACUUCGUCUGAAUCUAGAGAUUGUGUUGAAGAAAACACUUCGAUUUCCAGAAAUCGUAUUGAAGAAAAUACUUCUCCAGAAUUGCAGUUAUUACUGCAGUUUCUACGAAGUAACUAUAUGAUUUCUAAUUCUAGAAAUCAUGUUGGAGAAAAUACUUCUCCAGAAUUGCAGUUACCAACAAAUGACUUUUCGAUUUCUGAAUCUAGAAAUCAUGCUGAAGAAAAUACUUCUCCAGAAUUGGAGUCAUUGUUGCAAUUACCAGCAAAUGACUAUUUGAUUUCUGAAUCUAGAAAUCAUGGUGAAGAAAAUACUUCUCCAGAAUUGGAGUCAUUUUUGCAAUUACCAGCAAAUGACUAUUUGAUUUCUGAAUCUAGAAAUCGUGUUUUUUCUGCUGAAGAGAACACUUCUCCAGAAUUGGAGUUAUUGUCACAGUUACCAGCAACUGACUAUUUGAUUUCUGAAUCUAGAAAUCGUAUUUUUUCUGCUGAAGAAAAUACUUCUCCAGAAUUGGAGUUAUUGUCACAGUUACGAGCAAGUGACUAUUUGAUUUCUGAAUCUAGAAAUCGUAUUUUUUCUGCUGAAGAAAAUACUUCUCCAGAAUUGGAGUUCUUGUCACACUUACCAGCAAAUGAUUAUUUGAUUUCUGAAUCUAGAAAUCAUGUUGUUUCUGCUGAAGAAAAUACCUCUCCAGAAUUGCGGUUACUACCCCAAUUUCUACCAAGUAACUGCAUGAUUUCUGAGGAAAAUACUUCUCAAGAAUUUCAGUUACUGCCACAGUGUUUACCAAAUAAUAAUUUGAUUUCUAAUGCUAGAAAUCAUGCUGAAGGAAAUAUUUCUCCAGAACAAUUACUACCAAGUAAUGUUUUGAUUUCUAAUUCUAGAAAUCAAGUUAUCGAGAAUACUUCUCCAAAAUCACAGUUACAAUCAAGUAACAAUUUGAUUUCCAAUUCUGCAAAUCAUAUUGUAGAGAACUCUCUGCCAGUGUAUUCUGAUCUACCCACAAUAUCGAAUGCACUUGAAGGUAAUGAGCUAGAUGAGGGCUCUUUCUCCACACUGCCGUCACUAAUUAAUCAAGAACAAGGAUCCUCGUAUUCUAGUUUCUCUAUUAGUGACUGUUCUCCAUUUGGCAGUGAGUGGGAAAUUAACUUCAUGAAUCCACAAUUUGUAAUCCAUGAUCCUUGUGAAGGAACUGGACGCAGUAUUCUUCCCCUUUACUUCAAUUCACCAGAGGCGGGCGGAGGAUUUUGUGGUGGGGAUAGCAGUGACAUCAACAAAUGGGUAAAUGACAUUUCUGUGUAAAACCCCACAUGUAAACCACAAUUGAAUACUGUACUACCUAUAUUGCGAUAUGCUUCGCGUAUGUUUUUAUGUAUUUUGUUUUUUAUACUGGAGAACUUAAUUGUGUUGUGUGUUUCUUACAUGUAAUAAUAUAUCAAAGUUGUGUGCCUUUCAAGUUUGUUUAAUGGGAAUUCUUGUUCAAAUGAGUACCAACAGGUGCAA